GGUGCAUGAUGUCAGCGUUUUGGACAGCAGCUUGUGGGAGGAGACCGGGAGUCAGGUAGCAGGAUUAUAAAGAGUCCGCUUCGCUUUCAGCCAUCGCCACACCUCUGCUGAACAGCUCCACACACCGUGCAAAGCCAAGACACCCACUACUAGGAACCAUGACGAAGCGUGUUGCAGUUAUUCUCUCAGGCUGCGGAGUCUAUGAUGGCACAGAGGUCCAUGAGGCCUCCGCUGUCCUUGUCCAUCUGAGCCGGGCUGAAGCAAAAGUGCAGAUGUUUGCCCCGAAUGCAGAUCAGAUGCAUGUUGUGAAUCACUGUGAGGGGAAACCUACAGAUGAGAAAAGAAACAUCCUGCAGGAAAGCGCCCGCAUUGCCAGGGGUGACGUGACUGAUCUGGCCAAGCUAGAUGUUUCCGCGUUUGAUGCUGCCAUCAUCCCAGGGGGCUUUGGUGUGGCUAAGAACCUGAGUGACUGGGCAGUGAAGAAUAAGGACUGCACCAUCCAGCCACAACUAGAGAAGCUCAUCAAGGAUUUCCAUAAAGCUGGAAAGCCGCUGGGCAUGUGCUGCAUCUCCCCCAUCCUCGCUGCCAAACUCCUGCCCGGCUGUGAGCUCACUGUGGGACAGGACAAAGAGUGUGAAAAGUGGCCGUAUGCUCAGACAGCAGGUGCCGUGAAGGAGAUGGGCUGCAAACAUGUCAACACGGAUGUGGAGAAAGCACACGUUGAUGUCAAAAAUAAGCUGAUCACCACCUGUGCAUUCAUGUGCAAUGCUCCCUUUCAUAAAGUUUUUGAUGGAAUAGGAGUCAUGGUUAAAGAGACACUGAAACUGGCUUAAAAUGUCUUUAUUUACAUACUGGAUGUUUGUAUUUAUUUACUUUAAAAACUAAUUGUCUGUGAUUUUCUAUAUAAGCACGGUGUGUCUUAUCUCUGAGCAUUCAUCUGAUGGUAUAUUUUCAAUGUGUUUUGAGAUUUUCAAUAAAAUUACUUUAGAAAUUA